AUGGCGCUCUCUGUAGCAGGUAGAUACGCUAUUAUCACUGGCGGCGGAUCAGGCAUCAAUCUCGCAUUUGCGAAGAAGCUUCUCUCCCGCGGGUGCUCCGUUCUGGUUGGUGAUAUAAGCCUGCGACCAGAGGCCCAGGAACUUCUAAAGCAGUAUCCGCACGAUCCUUUAACACCUCCAUCAGCUAAUAGACCUGUCGCGCUAUUCAAGAAGACGGAUGUCACAUCAUGGCCGCAGCUGUCGGCGUUGACUCAAGCGGCUGAGACAGCCUUUCCACAAAUUGAUAUCGUCGUUCCAGGUGCUGGCAUUUUUGAGCCUAGUCCUUCACAAGAUGACGCAGACGGUGACCCAGGUCACUACGCCGUGAUAGAUGUGAACCUGACGCACCCAAUCCGGCUCAGCCAGCUCGCUAUUGCCCACUGGACCUCACGUCGCAUUCCGGGCUCGCUGCUUAUCGUUGGUAGCAUGGCUGGAUACGUGCAUGGUAUCGGAUCACCAUUAUACUUUGCUAGCAAACACGGCGUACACGGUUUUGUGCGCAGCCUCGGUCGUUUGCGGGACACGGUCGGAAUUCGCACGGCUGCUAUUGCACCUGGUGCUGUAAAUACACCAUUAUGGAGCGAUGAUCCUGACAAAAGCAGCAUGAUUAGUGCAGAUGAAAUUACAGCCAGCGCGGAGGAUGUUGCUGAUGCUAUGCUAGAGUUGCUGGAGAAUCCGCAAUUCGGUGAUGGGACGAUAUUUGAGGCAACAGCUAGAGGCACACGGGUAGUCCCCGCGUUUAACGCCCCUCCACCAGACAUUGAAGAUGGAGGGAUAUCAGAGUAUGAGGCUGGAGUGGCGAGACAAUGGGAGAAGAAAAUCACUGAGGAGGGCUUAAAGGUUUAG